CUGAGCCUGCUGCUGAUGGGGGCUGCUCUGCUCUUUCCAGCUCUGCUUCGUUUGUGGCAAUUCAGGGGCCACCAUCACCUGUGCAGAGACGGGCUGCGACCGCAGCUUCCACUUCCCCUGCACCUCAAAGGGUGACUGCAUCAACCAGUACUUUGUAGAGUUCAGGUAAGAGCUGCCAGGCGUCACCUGUGGGCCUCCAACCUCUGCUGUCAGGACCAGUCAAAGCAGUGAGGAACGCACUGUGACACCUCCCAGCAGCCUGACAGAGCCAGAGCCAAGGCCUGGGGCUCCUUCCUGUUCCUCUGCCCUCCUCGCAGCACUUCUCACCUUGCCCAUCCCUCCCAUCUUCCUCCAGGUCCUUCUGCUGGGAGCACCGCCCGCAGCAGGCAGUGGAGGCAGCGCCGGCGCAGGACACGACCUGCAUCAUCUGCAUGGAGCCCGUGGGGGACAGCAGGUCGUACUGCAUCAUGGUGUGCCGAGCCUGCCAACAAGCCUGGUUCCACCAGGCCUGCAUCCAGGAACAGGCCAUGCAUGCCGGCAUUUAUUGCUUCCAGUGCCCCGUCUGCCGAGACUGGACCAGGUUUAUUCCAGACAUGCUCAUUUUGGGGAUCCGAAUCCCAUUCAGACCAAUACGGGACGACAGCAAUGCCUACGCAGCACUACCGGAGAAGGAGAGGAGCUGUGAUACCAUUGACUGCCCUUACCCACGCGGCAGGGAGCAGGCAGAGAGAGAGGGAAGACCAACAUGGGAGGACAGCAGUGCCUAUGCAGCACUACUGGAGAGGCACAGGAGCUGGAAAGCCAUUGACUGCCCAUACCCACGCGGCAGGGAGCAGGCAGAGAGAGAGGGGCUGGUGUCUUUCAGCUUUGGCCAAAGACCAACACAGGAGGACAGACAUGGCUAUGCAGCACUACCGGAGAGGCAUAGGAGCUGUGAUGCCAUUGAGUGCCUUCACCCACGCGGCAGGGAGCAGGCAGAGAGAGAGGGGCCCUGGGAGCUGCUCCUCUGCUGCUCCUGUGCUGCGCAAAGCACCCAUCGGCGCUGUUCCUAUGUGAGUCAGAGCAGAAAGACCUGGGAUUGCAACGCCUGUGCUGGAGAGGGCACCGCCUCCAGCACCCUGUCAUAUCUUGCUAGCCUCAGCACCAUCAGCCAGCAGGGACCAGGGCCAUCCCAAUGCUCUGCGACACCAGAGAGCAGCAGCUCCAACACCUUCAGCCAGGCACCAUCUGGGCCAGCUAACUGUUCCUCCGUGCCUGAGAGCAGCAUCCCGUCCAGCCAGAGCAGGACAGGCCGGAGGAGAAGCAGCCCUCGUUUACAGCGGGAUAAAAAAAGCUUUAAAGAGCCCCGAGGACACCGUGGGGGCAGCCGUAAUGCUGCCCCAAGUGCCGAGAGCAGCACCCUCAACUCUGCCAGACAGGGGACUUCGCGGACCCCGAGGCACUCCCCUGCAGCUGGCUCCAGCCGCGGGCGCAGGCAAGGACGGCGCGCCCAGACAAGAAGCAACUCUCCGUUGCAGCGCCGGGCCACGGGUUCCCCACGCCGGUGCCAAAGACGCCGUGGGACCAGCCGUAAUGCUGCCCCGACUGCCGAGAGCAGCACCCCAAACUCUGCCAGCCAGGGGACUUCGCGGUCCCUGAGGCACUCCCCUGCAGCUGGCUCCAGCCGCGGGCGCAGGCAAGGACGGCGCGCCCAGACAAGAAGCAACUCUCCGUUGCAGCGCCGGGCCACAGGUUCCCCACGCCGGCGCCAGAGACGCCGUGGGACCAGCCGUAACGCUGCCCCGACUGCCAAGAGCAGCACUCCAAACUCUGCCAGACAGGGGACUUCGCGCUCCCCGAGGCGUUCCCCUGCAGCUGGCUUCAGCCGCCGGCGCAGACAAGGACAGCGGGCCCAGACAAGAAGCCGCUCUCCAUUGCAGCGCCGGGCCACAGGUUCCCCACGCCGGUGCCAAAGACGCCGUGGGAGCAGGCAGGCACCAGCCCGUAGCGCUGAGAGACGCACGAACAGACGCAGACAACGGAGAGCACCGAGGUCCUCGAGGGUUUCCGCAGCGGCUGAUGGAAGCCGGUCCAGGCAGCCAGGGAGGGCCCGGACUCGAAGCCGCUCGCCUCUUCAACGUCGGGCUGCAGAAACCCACAGCCAGCCCCAAAGACGCCGCAGGAGCCGGUCCAGGCGGCGACGACCAGCCCAGAGGCGAAGGUACACCCGAGCACCACGCUGGCAGCAGAUUAUUGACAGCUGGUUCCAAUGAUGCCAUAGGAGCAGCCGUGUACCAACUCCACAUGCCGUCUAAAGUCAUCAAAGUCCAUUCCAUCACAAUAAAACAGAGUUCCAUCA